AUGAAGCUCGCCGGAGAAUCCAACCCCACGGCGGUCGGUAGAUUCUGGGUGAUUCAUGUGAUCGGCAGCACUUUUUAUAUUAAAGGCUCUCCUGUAAUUCCCUCUCCUCCAGAAUGCCACAUUCCCUGUGAUGGCAGUGCCUGUGAUGUUGACAUAAUCUGCACAUGGACUGUGUCUGACCCUGAUAAUAGCUUAAUUCAGACUCUGCACUGGGCAAACUAUAACAGCACCGCAACAGGUCACACAGCCAUAAUUCAGCGUAAUGACUUUACUAGCCCCAGCAAACUUCAAGUUUGGGUUCAGACUCAGAAUCGAGAUGGGACUGUCUCCAAAUCAGAAAUGGUUAUCUUUUAUACAGAAAACCUCUACAAGUCUCCUCGACCAAAGAUAGUAUCAAGUAGUCAAGACCCCAUAGAAAUCCAAUGGAGGUCUUUGUGUGAAAAUCUCGGAGAAGAACAGUGUGAAGUUCGUUAUCGCACUGAGAUCGAGAAGGCUUGGGUUCAGCAAGACGAGGGCGGUGUGUCCGGCAGCUAUAUGCUCAACAACGCAGAGCCCAGCAGAAACUAUUCAUUUCAGAUUCGUUGCAAAUGUGGCGCAUACUUGAUGAGUGACUGGAGUGAGGCCCUUGUGAUCAGGAGUGCAGAGAGAGUCCCUAUUGGAAAGCUUGAUAUUUGGAAAGACUGUAAGAAGUUAGAUAAAGUCACAGACUGUGUUCUGGUCUGGAAGAAACUUCCCAUGUUUGAAGCCCGUGGACACAUUCUGGGAUAUAAAAUUACUUUGUAUUAUAACGAUGGAAGUAUCAUGGAUUUGAAUGAACCUGUUGCAAAAUCAAAGUCUCUGAUCUGCAAUGCUGUCCAAUGUUUCCACAACUCCUCACUGAUGGAUGUUAAAUCUGUCGUUAUGUGUGCAUACAAUGCACUUGGAGAGACAGAACCUUCUCAUCUUAUCUUACAAACCUCAGUAGCAAUAGCUGCCCAUAAGGUCCUUGAUCUGAAGAUGAGGGAAAACAAUAUUACGAUCUCCUGGAGUAGAACAUGGAGUACUGACAAUAUGAAGGAGUUUGUUGUGCAGUACAAAGAAGCUGGAACUCCAUUGGGUCGAGGAUUGGAUUGGGUGAGAAUUGACAUAAGUACGAAGACAAUUACAAUCAAAGGGAAGUUCAAAAAGUACACAGCCUAUCAGGUGUCCAUGUUCACUGUGGCCAAUCACACCACACGCUUGUAUUGCACAGAUGUUACACACUAUGUCCAAGGAAAACCUACAAGAGUACCUUUAUUUAAAGUGGAUUCAUACGGAACCACAAAUGUGACAUUAUCCUGGAAGACAGUCUUGAUGUCAGUGCACAAUGGUGUGAUUCCAUAUUAUCAAAUUGGAUUUGGCAAUAAUGUGUACAAUGUAAGCGGAUACCCGCAAAUGGAAAACAGGACAUAUGUGCUGACUAAUCUUGCUGAAGAUCAUGACUAUGAAGUGUGGAUAAAAGCGGUGAAUCAAGCUGGCCCUGGACCCAAUACUACAGUGCAGUUCAAAACACUGUCCACUGACAACAUAGGACGCUUCAUAUGUCUCUUUCUUACAUUGUUUGGAGCAGUUGUAUUAUUGCUGCUAGUUUCUCUGCUUGUUUUGGCAAAAAGGAAAACCUAUCCAGCUGCACUUUCCUGUUUGUUUGAGAAAGUACCUGAUCCUCACAAUAGUAACAUCCUCAAGGAAAUUGGGAACCAGAUACACGGGUUCUGUAUUCCCAAAGAACAUGUAGAACAACAUCCCAAAAUGUCAACAAUUGAAGUUGUGAACAGUUGUGUUUUCAACUCCAAACUGGAUCAUGAUCCAUGUGAUUGGGCCGACGAAGUGGAGGAACCAGAGGAAAAGGAACAUAAGACAUCAUGUGGAUGUAGGAAACAGGAGUACAGUAAAAUGAUAGACUCUGACAAAGAAAAAAAUGAGGAAGACACUGAUACUUGUUCUUCAAGCUCAGAAGAAGACUCUGCCGGCUAUGAGCAGCACUUCAUGCCAACAAAAGAAGACAUGAUGGAACUAAAUCAGCAAUAA